AAAAAGAAAUGAACUGAAACCCACAACUCCUCUCCGGAGGGCUGCCUUUAUUCCUUGCGUUUUUCUUUCUUUCUGGAUAAACAAAAUCACUGUCUUGACAGCUUGCUUGCUUGCUUGCUUGAGGCAGGCAAGCAGAGAGAGAGUUUUCUUGGCUGCUUACUGAUUCGAUUAGUAGAUUAGAUUCAAACACGCAUCAAGGAGCAAGCAGGCAUGAGCCGUUCUCAAGGGUCCUCUUCGUCCCUCAAGAGGAAGCGACCAGGGUUGAGUUCUCCGUCUCAGUCACUCACCGAUCACGAGCGCAAACUCUAUGACGUGAUCCGAAGCAAAAAGGAUAUGGGAAUCUGGACUAGAGACAUGAAGAAAGAAACCAACCUCCCUGACAACAUCGUCAACAAAUCUCUCAAGGCCCUGCACGCCAAGAACUUGAUCAAGGAGGUGGUCAACAUCCAGAACAAAGGGAGGAAGCAUUACAUGGCUACAGAGUUCCAGCCCUCCAAAGAACUCACUGGAGGGUCCUGGUAUGUUGCAGGGAGCCUUGAUACGGACUUCAUUAGGUCGUUGAGGAUGUUUUGUGUGAAAUACAUAGCUGAGGAGAAGGUUGCUACGGUGGAGAAGGUGACGGAGCUGAUCAGAGGGAAUGGAGCCUUCGCUGUUGAGGUGACAAAACAGCAGGUUGAAGAGAUUGUUAGGGCUUUGGUUUUGGAUGAUGAGGUUAUGGAAGUGAAGAGUAAUGGGAUGGGGGAGUUUGGUUCUGUUCCGGUUGGGAAUGUUUGCUAUAAAUGCGCCGGCAAGGGCGGCGGCGUUAAAGCAAUAAUUGGGGCAAUGGCUUCCAUUCCUUGCGGAGUAUGUCCAAGGAUAAGUCUUUGCACACCUGAUGGUGUCAUCUCUCCAAGGACUUGUGUCUACUACACCAAGUGGCUGGAUUUUUAAUCAUAUGAUGGUGUUUUUGCUGGACAUAUUUCUCUCUUGGCCUUGCAUUUUAGAUUAUCCUCAACUUCUCAUUCUAAUGUACACUAUUAAUAUGUGUAUAUAUUACCAAAUUCACUGGGUCU